AUGUCUUUACGAUCCGUUAUUGAUUUGCUGGUUUCCCUUGGCCUCUUGGCCGGCCAGGCCUACGCGGCGCAAGAGCCCUUGACUGGUGACGAUCGUGCAGCAUGCCCCAACUACGCGCAAUACUCUACCUAUCCCCAUAAACCGCUGAGCGAAGGUCCCCUCGCCUUACCCUACCAGCGACCCGACCCUCGAUGCCGUACAUUCUCCUCUGAUGCCAUCGAGAAAGUCAUUGAGGAUGUCACGUCUCGAAUGAAGGACCCCGACCUGGCCCGCCUCUUCGAAAACGCAUUUCCCUCCACGACCGAUACCACCGUCAAAUUCCACACCGACGGAACCGAUACACGCUUCGUUGACCUGAACGGCCGCAGUCUUCGUGACGAGGGCAAAUGGGAGGGACCACAGUCCUUCAUCAUCACCGGCGAUAUCAUUGCCGAAUGGCUGCGUGAUAGCACGAACCAACUCUCUCCCUACCAACCGUUGGCCAAGAAGGACCCGGCUGUCUUCAAUCUGAUCCUCGGCGCCAUCAACACCCAGGCCGAAUACGUUAUCGAGUCGCCGUACUGCAACGCGUUUCAACCCCCGCCAAUUGCGAACCUCCAGCCGAGUCACAACGGACAGGACGAUACUGUGCACCCCAUAUACGAACCCUCAUUUGUUUUUGAAUGCAAGUACGAGCUGGAUUCGUUGGCGCAUUUCUUGGCGCUGGGCAACGACUUUUACGACCACACUGAUUCAAAGGAUUUCUUGACGGGAAGAUGGUUCCUAGCCCUGGAGACUUUACUCAAAGUUUUGGAAGAGCAGUCCCGCUCAACGUUCGACCCGGAAACGGGCCGAUACCGGAAGAAUGAGUAUACUUUCCAGCGUAGGACGGACGCAGGCACCGAGACUCUGAACCUAAGGGGUGUCGGCAAUCCCUUGAACAACGGCACCGGUCUUGUCAGAUCAGCCUUCCGGCCCAGUGACGAUGCUGCCAUCCUUGGCUUCUUCAUCCCGGCGAACGCCAUGAUGGCCGUGGAGCUGAAGCGUACAGCGGCAGUGCUGAAAGCGGCCGGCAAAGACGUUCUUGCGCAGACGGUGCUGAAAUGGAGCCAGACCAUCACGGAUGGCGUUUGGAAUAACGGAGUCAUCAAGCAUGCCAAGUACGGAAACGUUUUUGCUUACGAGGUCGACGGAUACGGCUCUUCCAUUCUGAUGGAUGACGCAAACUAUCCUUCGCUGCUUGCUCUGCCCUUGAUGGGAUUCUUGCCGCCGGAUGAUCAGACGUACCAGAACACAAGGAAGAUGCUCCUGGAGAAGACUGGCAACCCGUACUUUCUUGAAGGCGCGGCCUUCCACGGAAUCGGAGGCCCUCACAUUGGCUUGUCAAAUGCCUGGCCGAUGAGUCUUUUAAUACAGGCGCAGACCACCGAGAACGACGAGGAGAUUACUGAAUGUCUUGACCUGGUUCUCCGCUCCGCUCGACUCGGCCUGGUCCACGAGAGUGUUGAUGUCAACCACAUUUCCUCCUUUACCAGGGCCAACGGCGUCUUUGCUGAAACGAUUCUGGACCUCGCCAAACGGAAGCCUCACUUGAUCUUUACGGACGAAAAGCCCUACACCAUUUAA